AAAAAAAAAAAACGAGGAGGAGAAGGAGGGGGGGGCGCGGAAGGGAAAAAGAGGCGGGGAGUUCCAAGUGAGGGAGGAGGUUUUCUUUCGCCUAGGCUGCCUGCGCCGAUUAACAGAAGCGGCCGGAGGGGCUUCCUUCCCCUCCCCCCUCCCCAUCGCUCGAGGGCCCCGGGUCCGCCGAGGGGGAAGCAGGGUCGCUGUCACGUCGCGUAAUGAUGUUGGGGUCGCCGGGGCAACAGCCUGGGGGGGCGGGGUCUGGGGCGGCGGCUGCCGGUUCUGCUGCCACUGCAGCCGGCGGGGCCGGCGGCGGCGGCGGAGUGUCCGGCUUCCCGUGCGGCGGAGGCGGCGGCGUGUCGGAGAGGAUCCUGGCGCGCUACGUGCAGGACUACCUGGAGUGCGUCGAGUCGCUGCCGCUGGACAUGCAAAGGCUGGCCUCGCUCCUGCGCGAGAUGGACACGCGUUGCCGGGGUAAGGGGGGGGGGGAGAAAGAGCGGGGAGGAGGGGGCGAUGGCGGCGGAGGCAACGGCGCUGCUCCCACCCCCCACCCCUCCAGUCCAACCGCCCUUGCUUUGAAAGGAGGAGGGGCGUCCACGCCUCACCAGGCGCCCGGAGGGGGAGGAAAAUGGCCACGCUCCGCCAGCCCCCCCCCACCCGCCUUGGCCCUCGGGACGAACUUGAGGCGGUGGGCGCUGAGGAAUGACCCCGGCCCUGGGGCCCCGGCGGGGCUUGGACCACCUACCCCCGCCCUCAUGACCCUGUGACGCGAGCUGGGAGGGGGCGGCGGACGACGGGGCAUGCCCUCUGCCACCUUUUUUUUAAGUCCAAGUUCACGAGGGAAGGAGGUUCAGUAGCAGGACCCGUGUGACGCCUCCGUGGUGGUGGUGGGGUCUCCGGUGAGAUGCAUCGCCCGAAAAGUUCCGAGAUGCGAACUUCGAAAUUGUUUUCGUUUUUCCCUUGGUUGCACAGGGAGACGUCUCUGCAAAGUUGAGUUGUUGUUGUUGUUUCAAAUGCAGUGCAGUGAUCACCCACGCAUGCACGCACCUGCACAGUUGCACACCACCCGCUUCCCAGGUAGGGCUGACAGGGCUAGAUUAGCUAGGUUUGGGGGCUAUCGUUUGUAUCAACAGACUAUACAUGUGGUAGGUAAAGUGCUUUUUUUCUUUUUAGUGUUUGUGGCAGGUGGGUGAAGAGCAUAUAUUCAAGGCCAUUUACUACUAUUUGUUCUACUUGCAACCAAGGGAUCCCCCCCCCCAUCUUUUUACAUGGUUUUAGUCUAACACCUCCAGGCAAGUGAAGCAAACAAGAUGAUUUCUGCACUGCAGGGGGUUGGACUAGAUGAUACUCUUGGUCCCUUCCAACUCUACAAUUCUGUGAUGUUUUGGUCUCUUGUGUAUGAUGUUAGAAUGCGGAUGGAGGUGUUUGGGGAAUGGUGUAUUUUCUUCAAUAUAAUUUUUUCUCCAACUUCCCUGCAAAACGGAGCUGGGAAACCUGUUUUGUUGUGUUUUUUUAGCCUGAGGGCCACAUUCUUUUGUAGGUAACCUUCCAGGGGACACACAGUGGGUAGGGCCAGAGGCACAAGUAGGUAAAGCAGUGGGCAUGACUCUUGCCUUUGUACAGCAGGCUACAUUCUAGCCAUACAGACUCUGUAUGUUUUACACAAGCGUUUCUCUAUUCGCCAUCCAUGCAAGCAAAGAGGCAUUGCCAUAGUUCUAGAAUGCAUUCCCACUAGGCAAAAGCAGAGCAAGGCUGAUGAAGAGUGUGGCCUGGGGAGAGGUUUGAAGGGCCACAUUUGGGCUCUAGACCUGAGAUUCCCCACCUCUUGUAAAUUGACAGAAAUAGUAUUUUUCAGUACUUAACAUGUGAAAAAUGCACCUUCCCAUUUCAAGGUAGGAUGUCGGAAGAGGAAAGUACUAGAAAAAACAAACCUGCUUUCCCACCCCCCCUAUGAUACACCAGAUUUAAUCAUGUCACUUUAUAAUGCUGACAUGCUAAAUGACACAUCUCUAGAUGCUUUUAAGAAACUUCCUUGUAUUUUGGAAGAGGCCUUGGACAGAUUUGUUUUUGCAUCUUAAUGUGUUACUAUCCUUUGAAAGUAUAUGCUUUAUUACAUAGCCUCUGAUAUGUACUAUUCACAUUUUUAAUACAAGAUUAGCAUUUGUCAGCUUGAAAGGAGGGACUUGAAGGAUUCUAGUUCAUAAUACAUUUAUUCUGACUUCUUUUUAACAGAAGCGUUAAAAGAAAUCGACGAAGUCUAUGAAAAAUACAAGAGUGAAGAUGAUCCUGCUCAGAAAAAGCGUUUGCAGCAGCAUCUUCAGCGAGCCCUGAUCAACAGUCAAGAGCUUGGUGAUGAGAAAAUCCAAAUAGUCACUCAGAUGCUUGAGUUGGUAGAGAACAGAGCCCGGCAAAUAGAGUCCCAGUCUCAGUGUUUCCAAGAUCUGUCAGAUACAGAGAAGCCCACCGAAAAGUCAAAAGUGGACCCUUGUCUACCAGAAAGAUCUUCACGAAGACCACGUCGACAGCGCACCAGUGAAAGCCGUGAUAUAUGCCAUAUAGCAAAUGGAAUUGAUGAAUAUGAUGACCAGCCCCCUAAAGAAAAGAGAUCCAAAUCUGCUAAGAAAAAGAAACGCUCUAAAGCUAAACAAGAAAGGGAAGCUUCACCAGUAGAUUUUGCAGUAGACCCUAAUGAACCAACUUACUGUCUCUGUGACCAAGUGUCUUACGGGGAAAUGAUAGGGUGUGAUAAUGAACUAUGUCCCAUUGAAUGGUUUCAUUUUUCAUGUGUUGGACUCACUUACAAACCGAAGGGGAAAUGGUAUUGUCCUAAGUGCAGAGGAGACAAUGAGAAGACUAUGGAUAAAUGUACAGACAAAUCCAAAAAAGAUAGAAGAUCGAGGUAGUCGAUGCUCUGAAUACAUUGAGAGCUGCGUAGUUUUUAUUAAAAACUGUUUAAUAGGCAGACCCAUAUUUUAGAAUAAUGCAUAAAACUAUGCAAUAUUUUUUACAGUCUGUAGUACUAAUGGAGUAUUAAUAGAUGUUAGUACUUUUGUGCUUUUGAAUAUUCUGCACUAAAAAAACCAAAUUCUUCGAACAGGGUCACAUGGGAGUAGCACAAAGGGGAUUCAAGAGUUCUUGGUCCCUCACUCUUUUUAAUUGCAGAAUUAUGGUGAUGCCUGAUGAGGACGGACUGGAGGGAUAAUCAUGUUAAGACUGGUAUUUUAACAUCUGUUGCAGUUGUAACUUUAGUCCAUUAUAGCUCAUUCUGCUGAGAACACUUUCGUUCUAUGACGCUUUUAGACUUCAGAGUCUUAAAAGAUCAUAUUUAAUUGGGGUUAAUCUAGUGUUACAUUUUAAGUCUUUCGGGGUGAAAAGCCAACAUUCUUCUUUAUUGCUUUCCUUGUGAUUUCUGUAUAUGUCACUAUGUUAAUCUUGUGGUGAUGAGGUUAGAAGCCUUUUUAGGGACGGUAUAUUAAACAAUAAAAUACGAUGGCUAGAAGAGUUCUACUCAGCAUUACAAAGACAGUCCUGAACUGAGGCUACUUGAUUUUCCCAUUCUGUUCCUUUCCAUCUUUUAACUCAUGUUGUGCCAUCUUGCCACUGACUUCUUGGAUGAUGGCAGGAACAUACAAUCAUGUUGAAAAGUUUACAGGUACAAUGGAUGCGUAAGUACUAUAAUAUCUAUAAGUCUUUGGACAAGUUAUAAGAGUUUGCCUGGACUAGUAUGUUAACUGGUUUUCGUGCUUUCUAGGCUCUUGGAGCUGAGGAAAGUUCAGUAGUAGUAAAAAGCAACUGCCCUCUUAUAGAAGAGGGAUACAAUAGAUGUAGAUGUAGACAAAAGGAACUGUGUUCCUCAAAAGCGUAGUGCUUUUUGUAAAACCUUAUACUUAAGGAACCAGGCCUUAUUUUUGGAGCAGACAGUAACUGAAGGUGUUCCAAAACUAGAUAUUCUUUCUUUAAUUGAGUUCUACAUGCCAAAUUUGAUGACAAACAGCUGUAACCUCUGUCUAGCUGUCUAACAUACUACUAUAGGUUUUUCUAAACAAGGCUUUUUUUUCUCUAGCAUUUGAGAGGGAUCUAUUUGCAUUUCACAGAGGUAUGUGCAUGUCAGGCAAUAGCAAUGUGAAUGAAAUGGAAUAAACAGCCCGAUAAUAAAUUCACAUAUCUUCAAACUCUUGUUUCUGCAACAACAAACUGAAACAUUUCUGUGGCAGUUAAAGUUUUUGUGGUUUAACUGAUCUUUGAAAAAGUUAUGGAUACUUUCACACACAAAAAAAAACGUUAUCACGAGCUCUGACCAGAUACUUCACUUAAGGUGGACAUUUUUCAUUUUGUAAGGGUGAGUAGCAACAUCUCUGGGACCUUAUAUAUUACCUAGUUUAACUGGGAACUGCUGUUAUUGUUAGGUGUCGGGUUUUAUCAGCUGAAUCGUUACUUCUGUAUUCCAUAGAGGAAUGGGACACUUGUUUCAACUGAUUCUGAAACACUGUCUCACAAUUUCACGGGGCAACAUUGAUUGUGAACUAUCUCCCAGGGGAAGAGAAAGUCUUCUUCCAUAAAUAAUAUGUCUUCUGUUCAGGGUUUUGGGGGAAAACAAAAUGCAAGUUCAGAUAUAUGUAUUUAUUUUGGGUGUCUAGUUGCUUCUCCUCAGUGUCCUGAACAAAAUAAUGCAACGAGUAGGAAAAUUUAAGUCCCAAGGUACUAGCAUGUUGUUGAAAUUCUAAGAAAGAGGACAUAUUUUGAACAGUGACUUGAUCCCAGCUGAUUGACGGAGACUGGGAACUGGUUUUGGAUUUAUUCACUCCUGUGUGCUUAACACCAUAUUCAACACCUUCCACUGAUUGUAAAACUACUUGUGCAUUUCAGAUCUGUUUCUAGGCAUGAUAAUUCUGCAACCAGGUAAUGGUGUGCAUUAAAUAUCUGCACUAUUCCUACACUGGGAAUGCCCAGACUAGCGUCUGCAAUUCCUGUGUCUCCUCUGCUUCCAACUGACAACCUGACUCUUAGCCCUCUAUUAGCAAAAUGAUAAUGUUUCCCAUUUUUAAGAAACAGUCAUUGCUAUGAACUUCUAAUGAUUUUAAAAUAAGUUUGCUUGCUGUGGUUUGACAAUCUCCCUCUUGGUUCUAAAUUUUGUAAGCCUGGGCACACGCAAAUAAGAACUGUGCCACUGAAGUGUAUCAAUUACUUGGAUCUAAUAUUUUGCAUGCUAUGUUUUAUGAAUAAAAACCAUUUUGGUUGUAAAAAUGGAACAGAACAUUUUUAUAUUGCCCCCUUUUUUCAGUAAUGCACACAGAGGCUGGGAUCCAAAGAAACAUAUACGUGUAUAAUAAAUGUUUUUGUGCAUGUGG